AUGGAGGCUCAAGAAUUAGCCUCCGAGCCCCCUCAGGACCUCCCUUCAACUUUGUCGAGGACCACAGCUCGCCGCAGAAACGCUGGCGGUGUGGAGGAGAGCAGGGCCAGAGGGAGCGGGAAGCAGGCUGCAGUGUACGAUGACGAGGAUGGAGAAGAGAUGGACCCCGUUGUGUACAGCUCCUCGAGCCACACGGUCAUGGCAACAACACAGCAAGGCACUGUAGCCUCUCCAUCGCAAAAACCGUCUGAGGCGCAUUCAAAAUUCACGGCGAGUCAAGCACAGGAUGAGCAAGAAGAAGCUCCUGACAACAUCGUCGCGCCCAAGAGAAAUGCGAGGAAGAGCGACAAACCCAGGAGGAUCACGAAGUUGGAUGGGAUGGAUACGUUUGGAAGGGGACCCAAUGUGACUGAUGGAUUGCUCGACCCGGAUGCGAACCUCACGAAGAGCAGAAGGGCAGGGUCUGAGAGAGAUGGGAUGAGUGCAAUCAAUCUCGACCUCGAUGAAGGAAGUCUGUUGAGGGCAGAAGCUAAACUAGCUCCUCUCAAGGCGAAGGCUGCCUCCCAAUCGAACUCGAAAGUUCCGGCAAGGUUUGACAAGGACUUGCAGGAUGACGGGGAUGCUACCGUUGCGGAAGGAGAAGGCAGAAGGAGAGGGGAAGGGAUCAGGGGCAGCCAACCAGACCAUGAUGAUGAAGAGCAAGACAGAGAUGGUGGGAAGGAGGAAGAGGUGAUAGAGGAGGAGGACCCAGAAAUUGCGCAAGAGAGGGCAGACAGACUACAGCUGGAGAGAGAGCUGAUGCUUCUGAGGGCUGAAUUGACCAACUUCGAUGAGAACUCACAUAGCAAUGUCUCCCAGCAGCGAGUGGUGAACAAUGACAGUGAGAAACGUCGCAGGGUAAAGAGAAGUCAGGUUGCUCCUGUUGUUCGGCAGGACAUCUCGUCAUCAGAGGAAAGUGACGAGCAGGAGCAGGAGAAAGCUAAGUUGAGACCUGCGAGGAUGGUGAAAAAGAUCGCACCCCAGAGAUCGAGCAAGGAUCGAACUUUUGAGUCGGAUUCUGAGAGUGAGAUGAGACCUCUCAGUCCAAAGGAGGAGGAGGUUGAGGUCGAAGACGCGAUGAGCCGUCUGGCUGUUGAAGAAGAGAACGCAAGGUUGCCAACUCCGAAGAACUUGAAGUCUGUCAAGAAAUCUGACCUGUUAGUGGACAAGAGGGAUCUGGUCAGUCAGGCAAGAAAGCAGAAGUUUGAGAGGAUGCAGAAUUUCGCCAAUGAGAAGGUUCAUUCUCACCAGGACCAAGAAGCCAUCCUGUACAAUGAUAAGGUUGCUCAAUGGUCAAAACGGGAGGAGCAGUCAGAGGAGGAGGAGAGUGAAGACGAACGUCAGAAGCGUGAGGAGGAGGAGGAGGAGGAGAGAGAAGAGCUGGAGCGAAGCGUGGAUAUCAAGGGUGCUCAGGUUUGCGCUGCAUGUGGUGAACCAAACCGACCUGACGACAAAUAUUGUUCUUGUGGGGAAAUCCUUCCUUACGGUCAUGAGGAGGAGGAGACGCAGGAGGAGGGGGGGGAGAACGAGGAGAGGGAAGAGAAGGAAACGCAAGGGAGGAGAACAAUUUCUCAAGGCCCACCGCUGAAACUGGAACAAAGUUCCAAGACGGAGGAGGAGCCUUCAGGUAUCUUGCAAGUUGAGGACGGGGGAAGGAAGGUCGAAGAUCUCGAUCGAACAAGGACAGUGAAACCUCUCCCUGAAGAGGACGAGGACGAGGACGAGGAUGGGAAGGUGGUGAUGGGAAUGAGGGAGAAGAAGGAGGAGAUGAAGAACAGUAAUCAGGGGCGAGCCGACCCUGCAUCGGCCAUCGAGGAAGCUGAUGCGUUGCUGGUCGCUUUUGCUCCUCCCAAGAGGAGCGAGGAGGUCACGUUUUUUUCUGUCCCUAAGAGGGAAGCGGAGGAUGGGAUGGACCCGUUCCUGCUCUCCCUGGGAAUGCCGAAGCGAGCUCCUAAAGCCAAGUGGGGCGAAGGCAGGGAGGAGCGAGAGGGAGGGAAGGAGAGGAGCUCGAGCACAGAGGGUUCUCUCUUCAAGGGGGUCAACGAGUCGCUGCUUACCAAGAAGGAGGAGACGAAAAUGAGGUCCAGUGUCUCGGGGGGACAAGGCAGGAGAGGAAGGAGCAGCUAUGGGUCCAGGGGGGAAGAGAGCUUCUCCUCCAGGCACGAGGAGACGUUUGACUCUCAUGCUACUUCCUCUCCUCGUCAGUCGACAGGGAGGCUCAGUUCUUCCAUGACGGCUGCUGUGAUGGACCCGGCCGUCAUUCGAGCGCUGAGGGAGGCGAAGGCUCUGCUGGACGAGAAUGUUCUGACAGAGGAAGAGUUUCGCAUGCAGAAAGAGAUCAUCCUUGCACGAGGAUAUGCGCAGCAGCAGCAGCAGCAGCAGGCAGAGGGCAGGCCGUACACCAGCAGGAGCUGGAUUUCAGAUGUGAGCGUGCAGGCUAUGGAGCCGAAGCGCCGGGUGGUGAAGGGAUACGAGGAGGAGAGCAACGUGUUUGUGAUUCGACCGGAGCUGGAGGAGUCAGAUGGAGAGGUGACAGCGCGGAAGCGAAGUGAAGAGAAGCACGUUAAGAAGGGGAGGGAGGGAGGGGAGGAGGAGGAGGAGGAGGCAGAGGGAGAAGCGUCUAUGGUCGAGGGUGCGCCGCACUCAGCUUCCCAGACUGCUAGUCCUAUCGAUCGACUCGCGUCGCCUCUCUUCCUUCGGGAUUACAAUGCUGAGGUCGAGCGGCUGAGAAAGGAGGCCGAGCAGGAGCUUGCUCAGGCGGAGGAGGAGGGAGACGAUGACGAGGAUGAGGAUGGGAGGAGGUGGAGGAGAAGGGAGCAUGCAAACCAAGGCAGGAAGAAACCUGGACCGGAGCAAGUGAAGGCAGAGAAGCAAGAAGCCGAGGACAACUUGGACGAGGUGACGGAUGAUCUCAUAGAACAAGCUUGGAAGCAUCGUGAGCAACACAUUACGAACUCUGUCGCUGAGAAAGAGAUCAGUCUGCGCAAAGACUUUCCAAUCUCAAAAUCUCUGCUGAAGCCCAAGACUACCAAGGAGGAGCCUGUUGAUCAACCUCAUCGAGAAGGACAGAGAGCCAAGGCCCCGCCCUUUUCACAAAGGCAGAGGACGGCGGAAACUCAAAGAAAAUCCGUCAAGUUCGUCGACCCUGACUUGCAGUCGGAGCAGGAAGAAGGAUGGGGUAGCGACGUCUCCUCUGAUGCUGACCUCCCCCUAAGGAAGGAGGAGGAGCAGGGAAGGCCUCAAACUCACCAGCCGUCCCAAAGGCUCGACGAGCAGAUAAGAGAAGAGCCGCCACAGGAGCAGGAGGAGAUGAUGAUGUCAGCGUCUGCCCAGUUUCAGAGCUCCGAAGAGUUCACCAACAAGUUCGACUCGGAGGCUGAGAGGCUGGAGAGAGAGGCCCUGAUGCUCCAGCUGGCGGCGGAGGAGGCAGAGAAGGAGAAGAGGAGGAGGGAGGAGGCGGAGCAAGAAGCUGCGCAUGCACGGGAGGAGGUGGAGCGUCUUCGCAAGCAGCUGGAGGCGCUUGAUGACAGAGUGAAAGCAACGGAGAAGAUGGAGAAGCGACAGAAAGGUCUGAUAGCAAAGAGCGUGCUGGAUGACAUCAUCGAGAGCGCUCUUCAGCUCUCAUCAAGAACAGCAGCAGAUCGGCAGGAAGAAAGUGCUGAGGAGGAGAAGGAAGGGCGAGGGAUGGAGGCGGAGGAUCAGAAGGCGUGGGAGGAGGAGAGAGGAGUACGAGGCCGAGAUGAAAAUGUUGAUGAGGUUGAUGGCGAGGCUGAGUUAAGACUGUGGGAAACGCAACAUUCAAUGAGGAGGAAUGUGCGCUUCAAUGUUGAGGAGAAGGAGAAGAAAAUCUCGAGAGGUUCUCAAGGACACACCCCAAGAACGGAAGAGCGGAUAGCUCUCAUCGAGCAAAUUGACCUCCAGAAAGCUCGCAACGCGUCACAAGGCAGGAAUGAGGAUAGGGAGAGUAUCAGCACAGCACGGGAAAGAAAGGUUGUAUCUGUGGUAGACCCUUGCAACAUCUCCUCUUCAGAUGACGACGACGAGGAGCAGGGGGAGGGGCAAGAAGAGGAGGAGGAGGAGGAGGAGGAGGAGGAUCUUUCAGAGCUUGAUCCUGAAUUACUUCUCCGCCUACAGAUUCUCUCUGCUGUUCUGAUCCAGAGGACUUACAGGAGGUGGAGAGCGAGGAAUCGUAAGGCAAACACUCGACAGAUUCAAGAUGAGCGUCACGAUGCGAAAGCUUCAAGUCCGCAAGUUGCAGAUGUCAACCAGGUGGUAGAGCACGGGAGCGAGGUCCAAGAGGACUUUGCUCCUGUUUCGCCCCUUGAUGAACCCGCCGAUGCUGGCGAGGAGGGAGGAGAUUUCGUUGCGGGAGAGGAGGAUGGUAGAGAAGAGGAGGCGGGUAUACCUCCACAGAACGACACAGAGGGCCAAGAGGAGGAGGCGAGCACGAGCAAGGACGCAGGAGAUCCUGCGGGGACGAGGGAGCCGGCCAGGGAGAAGGAGCAUGCCACUUCGGUGAAGCAGAAGGAGGAGGAGAAGAGGAAGAAGAAGAUCUUGAGGGAGGUGAAGCAGCUGUUCCAGCAAGCAGGCUUCAACGACGUUGCCGAAGUUUUCGUGUUCUUCGAGAGGGGAACGUCCAGGGGCGACAGUCUGAGCGUGCAGGAGGUCGAGAGAGGUCUUAAGAACCUCAGGAUGGAAGGAAAGAUUCGCAGCAGCGAGUUGCUGCAUGCCAUGAACAUCAAAGAGUCGCGGGAGACGAUGGUAACUUUCAAUGAGUUCUUCCGCCACCUGAGCUGGGACAAGCAAGAGGUGGGGGAGGAGACGCAGCCUCGUGCUGAGACUCGACCCUCCCUGGUGCAGAGGAACACAGCUGAGCUCGAGGAAGCGAGGAAGAACUGGAGGAGGACGGCAGAUCGGAUCCGGAAGUGCCUGGCGCUUUCAUCGUCACUUGAGGAAGAUAGAAGUCAGCAGGAGGCUCGCAAGCAGCUGUUGGAGUUCAGGACGAAGAUAGGAAAGAAUGGAGUGCCGUUCAGUGCGAGAGGUAGCAGAACGUUCAGGGGGAGUGGGAUGAGAAGAAACAAGAGGGUGGGGGAGGAGAAGGCUCGGGGAUUUCUGACGGAUCGGAACGUAAAGAAGAAGAAGGAGAUUCCAAGGCCAGAGCGGGUGAAUCGAGUGGAGAGAUUGAACAAGAAGGAGGAGGAGGAGAAGAAAGACGAGAAGCAGGAGGAGGUGAAAGAGGAGGAGGUGAAAGAGGAGGAGGUGAAAGAGGAGGAGGUGAAAGAGGAGGAGGUGAAAGAGGAGGAGGUGAAAGAGGAGGAGGAGGAGGUGAAUGGCAAGGGAGAAUCUGGCUUGUUAGAAACUUGUGCAAAAGAUCAGACAAGCAGUUCAGAAAUUGCAGCAAGCAAGAUUCAAGGGACAUGGAAAAAUUAUCGCAAGGCUCGAAGAGGCGGCAGUGAGACGGAGGAAGAAAAGGAUGGGCAAAGCAAAGACAAGUCACCAGUGGAGAUGAAAGUUGAAGAUACCAAGGGGAGAGGCGACGGAGAUUGGGACGAUGGACUGAGAACAGAAGGAAGGGUAGAAGAUGAUCAUUGUACUAUAGAAAGACACAAAUGCAGUGAAGAUGACGCUGCAAAGAGGAUUCAGAUGUCUUGGUCCAAGUAUUGGAAGGCCAAAGAUGAGAAUUCUGCCAGGCUCUUCAGACUGUUUGAUGUCUUCGGCUCAAAAUCUGUGAAGAAAUCCUUCAUGGUCAGUGAGGCAAGGAGGCGACGAGACAAAUCUGUUUGUUCCCUUGUCACGAUACCUCAGCGAUCCAAGAAAUUUCAAUUUCUCUUGAGAUCGUCUCUGGAGAGCUUUCGGAAAUUGCGGCACAUCAAUGUGGCAGACUUGGUCGAAGUUUGUUGUGACAUUGCAAACCUCUAUGUCAUCAGUGCAGUGCCAUACCAUCAAGACGUGUUGUCAUACAUCAUGGCAGAUGCUGAUCACAGCGAAGGGAAGAUCGUCAGAUACGUCAGUCAGUUGAUGGACGCUAUGAAAUAUGUUCAUGACCUCGGCUUCAUCCUGCAUGGAGUAGAGACUGUCAGAAAGAUGUCAGAAGACAUGGCAGCUUGUAUUAUACAGAACGUUGCGCUGGAGCAGCAAAUCCUGCUGAUGGAGCGGAGGGAGAAUUCAGCAGUUAUGAUACAAUCUCUUGCGAGGAGAUUUCUCUCUCGUUGUUUGUACUCGAGGUUAUCCAAGACCAAGUUCGAGGUGCUCGCAGCAAGUCUGCUUGCUCGCGAGUCAAGAGGAAUGCAGGACAAGGCUCGGCAACCGUCGUGUCAAACUCGUUCAGGCAAGGAGGAAGGGAAGGAGGGGAGUCUCUCCCGAGAUAACCUUUCUCUCGACCUCUCCAAGAUUGUUGGUGUGAGCAAGGCCUCAGCGGAGGGGAAGAGCCUGUGGAAGGGGAAAGGCAGGGUGCCGCGAGAGCACGAGGAGGAGGAAGACGAAGAGGAGGUGGUGGUGGUGGAGGAGGAGGGAGGGAGACAGAAGGAGGAAGAAAAAGGGAGGGAGGAGGUCAGGCCGAACGACAAGCUCAACACGAUCCACACGUUCGAUCAAGUUGUAGAAAGACAGCUCGUUGCUCCUCCCCUUCUCUCUUGA